AGAGUUCUUUAAUCGCCAAAUGUUAUCGAUUUCCCAAUACUAGCAACAUCACGUCGAGUCUUUUCUCCGAUGCUCAUACGGUGACGCUGAUCUCUAGCUUGCCUACUACUGGCUAGAUGGGCAGGCCUCCACGAAGAUGCGGGAAUUUAUGGAUUAUAUCCAGUCGGUCUUUUAUGCUGCAACAGGCUGGAACCGGGAUAAUAGCUAUUCUUCGCUCAAUGCGACGUCCGAUGCCCUUCUGAACUUUCCGACGCCUCGUGGUCUUCGUCUAACCCUAUCUUCUCUCGCAACAUCGCAAUUCGCUACUUCGUAUCAGCUUGGCACCGUGGGUAUUGUUGAUGGCUCUGUAUCAUACUUAUACUCAACGGUGCCUCUCGGUCAUGCCAUUGCCCAGAGUGAGAAGAUACCCCUACCAGAUCUUUUGCGAAGUUACCGCCCGCUUGCCGAGCUACCUCGCCGAGCUGAGGAAGGACAACCGGAGGGAGGGUUGAUCAAAGAUGGACUUGCAUAUGGGAGACUUUACCUCCCAGCAUCGAUGUUGGAGGCCCUGGUGGUUAGGAGGAUUUCGCGUACGUUACAAUUCCAGCUGAGUGCUGUGUCAGAUCAAAAACUACGGAAUGGGGGUACUAUGCUGGGUAUGGUACAGUACGACAAGGGUCGCUAUGCGGUUGAGGGUCUCGCAUCAACCGACGGCGGUUUGCUCGGAGCGCGCGCGUUGUACAAUUUCGGCGGUGAUGUGGCUCACCUGGAUACACAAACGCAACCAGCGACUACCAAUGGGAACGGAACGGGUAACAGCGAGCGAGAACGCAUUUUCGGCCGGUUCAGUGCUGGCGCCGAGUUCUAUUACGGAACGCUAAACAAGUCAGGAGGUAUGAGUGUUGGAACGCGAUUUGCGACGCUGCCUACGCACAAAGGUACUCCACUCACUGCGACAAUGACGGUUAACCCCUUGAUGGGAACUAUUAGUUGGAGUUAUGCAGUCAUGGCUGGUAGCUAUUGUUCGCUUGCAUCGAGGAUGGAUUUCAAUGUUUACAGUUAUGAAAGUGACUGGGCUGUGGGUAUGGAGCUCUGGAGAAAGAGAGCGGCUUGGUCUAUUAACCAAGAAUUGGAAGAAGUACCAACGCCAGUCAACGCCACGCCCGAGAGGAGUUUCCAGGAGAAAUUAGAAUUGGAGUUGGAUAGCCCUCCCCUACCCCUGGACACGGCUGAAAUUCUGCCACCACCGGAAUCGGUCGCUCAGCUAAAUAAGAAGGAAAGAAGCUUCCAGGCUAAGAUGGAGUGGAGGCUAGACGAUCCGGAUGUGGAUGCGACAGUACCGGCCACCAAUGAGAAUGAUGAUGAUCAUGAUGAGCAGUAUUCGGGCGUUUUGAAGGCGCGCCUAGACCAGCAUCUCAGGGUUGGUCUUUUAUGGGAGGGUCGAGUCAAGUCUUUACUUUUUAGUCUUGGCAGUAGCAUUGACCUACGACGACUUGACUCGCCUUUCCGCACACUAGGACUCGAAGUACAAUUCUCGGCAUGAAGAUAUUAAUAGCAUAAGCUUAGACCCUCCAAAAUGGCUUUCGUGGCGAUUAAUCGGCGUGCCUGUAUUGCUGUCCAACCC